UUAAGGGCAGGAGGAGCCUGUCUGUAGGGAAUGAUGUCAUUAUGCCGAGGCUAUGAACUAGGAAAGAGAAGGAAUCCCGAGGAACCAUUUUAAACGCUCGCAAGUCAAAAGUACCUCCUCUGGCCCAGCCGAGGCAGAGGCGGCACCUAGAGGGUCUGUCGGCCGAAAAGUGUGAAUCUUGGCACUGCCGUAGAUCCUGGUGUGAACAUACCUGAACCUGUUGUAUAUUGUCUCACCAGCAGAACUUAGAGUCACAGCUUGGCACCGGUGCCGUUUGCAGUCUUCUUCUCAAGGCACAUACCUCAUCAUUUGGAGGCUAAAGACUUCUGAAUACAAGAGGACAGAAAAUGAUAUCCUUGGACAAUUUUCAGAAGACAGUCCAGAGACCGAUGGUUCCUUAUGUUGAGACUCUGACUGGUGGUCUUGUACCUGGAGAACUUGUCGUAAUGCGUGGCUUAGUUCCAGAAGACUCAGAGAGGUUCCAGGUAGAUUUCCAGUCUGGCAGUAGCACCAAACCUCGUGCUGACGUGGCCUUUCAUUUCAACCCUCGUUUCAAAAGGUCUGGUUGCAUUGUUUGCAAUACUCUGCAAAAUGAAAAAUGGGGCUAUGAAGAGAUCACUUACGAGAUGCCGUUUGAAAAAGGAAAGCCAUUUGAAGUUGUUUUUAUGGUUCUACAUGAUAAAUUCCAGGUAUCUGUAAAUGGAAAGCAUUUGUUGCUUUACAAACAUAGAAUUAAACUGGAAAAAGUAGACACCCUUGGGAUAUAUGGGAAUGUGGAAAUCAGCAUGAUUGGCUUUGUUUCAAAUAAGUCUUUGCAAGGUUCUCAGCCUUCCUUGCUAGGGACAACAAAGAAAAACACAGGAAAUGAAGAAUUGCCUGAUAGUUCACAGUUUGUGCUUCCUUAUUUUGCACGACUGCAUUCUUCUCUUGAGCCUGGGCGAACAAUUGUUAUUAAAGGUGAAGUUAAAGAGAAAGCACAAAGCUUUGCUAUUAACCUUAAGCCCAGUGACUCCAAGGAUAUUGCCUUGCAUCUAAAUCCCCGAAUGAAAGAGAAAGCCUUUGUGAGGAAUUCUUAUCUGUCCAGUGGUUGGGGAGAAGAAGAAAAGCACAUCACCCAUUUUCCUUUCAGUCCAGGAAUGUACUUUGAGCUGAUAAUACUCUGCAAAGCCCAUCAAUACAAUGUUGCUAUUAAUGGCAUGCAUACUUUAGAGUACAAACAUCGAUUUAAACAACUCAACAAGAUCAACGUUGUGGAAAUAUCUGGGGAUAUUGACUUACUAGAUGUGAGGAGCUGGUAGCUAUGAAGAAAUCGUGUGUAAUUUCCAAGACAUUUCCUUUAUCCUUCCACUCUAAUAUAUAUAAAGUAUCUUGGGAAAUAUUUUGGACUUUUCAUGGAACAAAGUAUUCUGGUUAAUAACUAACAGGUCUUAUAGAAUGUGUGCACUGUACCAAUUAUUAGUAUACAGAGUGAUAACUACUAGCUGUUGCUUCUGAGAUUACUUCAAAUUCAACAUUAAAUGUAUAUACCAUUGAAGUUUCAUAAAGUACAGUGAUUACUGUCAAGCUUUUACAUUUCUACUUUUACAAACCUUUGUAAAAGUAAUGGCCAAUAUAGUCACUGUGACAGAAAUCAUUAGACGUUUGACUGACUGUAUAACAGUAGAAGCUAUUCUCUUAUGGGCACCAUUAUUACUCUACAAUUCCAUUCAAACAAGUGCCACUGAGUUCAGUGAGCUUGGUCUGCUUGGAGUUUUUGCACUAUCUAAAGAAACUUCAACCAAAUCUCUUUCCGUAAAGGGACAUGAUUCAAAUGAAAGAGUGCAGAUGUUUUUACCAGAUAAGUCUGUUUUUUUAAAGCAUAGAUAAUUGAGAUGAUAGGUUUAUGAUCCAUAUUUUCAGCAGAUCUCCUCAAAAGAUUUGUAUGCACUUCUGAUGUGUUCAGAAUUGAAAUACAACUUCUGUGAAGCUAUUUAGAAAAAUGUUUGCUUUCCUAAAAUAAAACCAAAAUGCUGUUAA